GAGCAGGUUGUUGACAGACGGAGAAACUUGUCUCAAACUUUUUAAAAAGAUGAUGGCUACUAGCGGAAACGACUGUGGAGUCAAAGAUGGCGCCCCUGCGGUGAACGGAGCCGGACCGGAGGCUUCACCGAGCCCCAAGCCGCUGAACAGAGCCCCGGGACGGCCAGGGGGCUUCACCUUCACCCCGCAGCCCACCAUCGAGGACAUCCGGCGGCUGCAGGCCGAGUUCACGGAUGAGCGGGACUGGAACCAGUUCCACCAGCCCCGGAACCUGCUGCUGGCCAUGGUGGGCGAGGUGGGCGAGGUGUCCGAGCUGUUCCAGUGGCGUGGCGAGGUGGCCGAGGGUCUGCCCGGCUGGAGCGAGGCGGAGCGAGAGCAGCUGGGCCAGGAGCUCAGCGACGUGCUCAUCUACCUGGUGGAGCUGGCGGAGAAGUGCCGGGUCGACCUGCCCCAGGCCGUGCUCCGGAAGAUGGCCCUGAACCGGCUCAAGUACCCGGCCAGCAAGGUGCACGGCUCGGCCAAGAAGUACACCGAGUACCAGGACUGA